GUAGAUUUGGGUUGACGUAGGCCACCUUGGCUCAUAGCAGGCAUGGCGCACACUGCUUGCUGUACCUCUAUGCACCCACUCCAUUCGCUUACAUUUUUGCUGCUGCUGUGCAGUGCCUCUGCACACUUCCGUGUGUCCAAAGCAGAACCGUCAUGCCAUUAUGUUGAUAAGUCUCUCAUCCAGACAAUGAUUUCAGUCGACUGGACAGGAGAUGCAGGUAAUACGAGUCAUGCUAGAGUAAGCAGAACCAGCACAUAUAUCAGUUCUAUGACCUACCAAUUAUCGAGGAAAGACGUCCCAGCAGGCUCAGCUAUCAAUUCAAAAGGGUCUGAUGUGCGUGGUAGCGUAGGCGUCAUCAUUGCUUUCUUAGCGAUUCCUUUCAUCCUUGGAUUCUUCCUCCACUGGUCAAAGCGUCAUGUAGGGCAAGCCUUGUCCAUGAUCGGAGUUUCGGGUGAUGUGUUUCAGGAGGGAGAACUAAAUCCGACUACGCUGUUCAACCGCCAGACUUUAUCAGAUACCAAAGAACCCAAAGGGGGCACUUUGAUCACCAACAUACUUUGUGGUGUAGUUGCGGGUCUUGGUUGUCUUCCCGAGGCUAUUUCGUUCUCUUUCAUUGUCGGCAUCAACCCUCUGAAUGGAAUUUGGGCAGGGAUCUUCUUGAGCUUGUCUUCGUCAUUGGUGGGAGGGCGCCCAGGGCUUGUGUCCUGCGCGUCAGCAGCCACUUCGGUACUCCUCAUCGACAUUAACAAAGAGUUCGGAAUGGGCGCCAUGUCCUUGGCUGUUCUAAUUUGCUCCGCUCUCCAGUGUUUGUUCGGGUUAGCCAAUCUCGACAGGCUGGUAAUACUGAUUCCUCAUCCUGUAAUGAUCGGCUUUUGCAAUGGCCUUGCCAUAGUAAUCUUUCUGGCCCAGUUGGGUCACUUCGAUCUCCAGGAGCUUGCAGGAAGCGGUGUUGCUGUUGGCAAAAUUCUUACUGGUAUGAUCCUUACCGUUCUUGUAUCGAUGUUCACUGCGGUUACUUGGCCGAGGCUGCCAAAGGUUGGGCAGUUUCUCCCAGCACCCUUUGCUGCCAUCAUCGUCGCUGUUGGCUUCAGCUAUGCUACCGGCAGCAUAUUUCCUCGGCGCACUCUUGAAGAUGUAUCAGGCAAGGAAACGUUUCAGGGAGGUCUCGCAUCAAUUCCUCCUAUGAACUUCCCUCCAGCAGGCGUUGAUUGGAAUGAUGCCAGGGUGUGGUCGACAGCCUUUGCGGUGGGUGCUCGGAUGGCUUUCGUUGGUCUCACAGAAAGCUUGCUGACGGUCAAGCUCCUUGAUCGUGUCAUGGGCCCGCCAGAAGGAAGCACAAGGAUGGAGUGCUUCGGCCAAGCGCUCGGUAAUCUGUUGGCAGGCCUGUUUGGUACCCAAGGUGGCUGCGCCCUCAUUGGGCAGUCUCUCAUCAAUGUCGGGAGUGGCGGCCAUCGCCGCAUUUCGAGCAUCGUCAGCGGCGUCACGUUACUGUUUGGCGUGACAGUACUAGCACCUGCUCUCGGCAAGAUUCCCGUUGCAGCACUUGUUGGGCUGAUGUUCUUGGUUUCGCUGAAUACCUUCGUUUGGGCGUCGCUGAGCACGACAUGGGAUUCUUUGCGACAGAAAGACAUAAUUGGAUGGGUCGAUGUUCUUGUGGUGGCCUUGGUGACGAUCGUAACUGUCAUCGCGAAUCUGGCAACCGCAGUUCUUCUGGGCUUGUUUGUUAGCGGCAUGGCGUUCGCUUGGAACAUCGCACACGAGGUGAAGAUUCACAUUGAGCCUUCAAAAGAAGAUAAAGACAUUAGCAUCGUCCAGCUCGAAGGACCCUUGUUCUUCGCAUCCGCCAUGAACUUCCAAGGAAAGGUCACUGUUGAUGCCAUCCCACAAGAGAAGGUUGUCAUCGAUCUGACAAAAGGCAGGGUCUUGGAUCACUCAGGCUUGGAUACCAUACUCACAACGGAAGCUGCUUUGAAAGCCGCUGGCAAGGUUGUCACAUAUAUUGGCCUCUCCGAGUCCGCCAGUCGAUAUAUGACAGCAAUGCGAGAGCAUACGCCUGAAAGCAGCACGGACGAUGUGCUGAAAAGUAUCAAGGGCGACGCAUCUAACGGGACCAAGAAACCUGUGAGUGGUCCCGUUGCAGGCCAGCAGCCGGUUGGAGAGUACCCAGGAGCCUGAUCAUGCGGGAGCGCGUCGAUGAGCGACACACUUAGCGUCCCAGCUUCUUCAGUUUUGACCUUUUGCUAUUCUGACGUGUGCUUCGUAGAUGUUGGGCUGUGGCACGCCUACAACAUCACCGUCAGAGCCGUCACUCUCAUUGCCACCGAUAUCCGCACCAUCGCCUUCCUCUUCUCCUCGUCCUCCUCUUCUUUCCCCUCCCCCUGCUUUCGCUUUAUGCUUUGCCGCUAUGAUUUGCUUUGGCAGAUGGGGCGGCACGCCGAGAACAGCGUGAGCUUGAGAAGGCACAUUCCAGACCGAUUAUUAUGUGAAUCUUGUGAUACGGAGCAUGCCCAUGUCAAUUCCCUGGCGCUUCGCGCUCGCAGCCAGGCUAAUCAAUUAACGAGCUGUGGCGGCGGAGGAAAUAACUCGCACCAGUUCCAUGUGUCACGGAGACGGUGCGGCGACGCCGGUGUCCCCGGACACUUCAGUGCAAGACCUGGCCGCCUCAUUUGUCCGCUCUCAUGCUGCGCUGAGUCGUGCGAAUUUUCCAUCGGGGUGACCUCUGGACACGAUAGCCUGCACCGCCAUCUGUAUCAAUAUCCCUGGAGGCUCAGCGGCAACGCCGCCUCCAGGGAUGGGUUGCGCUGUCUUCUGAGCUCUAGGUUACCAGUUACACUCAGUGUGGUAGCAGCUGGAAUUGCCUGCUCGGCAGGCGUAAAGCUACAACGUGCGGUACCGCGCAUGUGUCUCAAGGCUCAAGAUGCGGAACCCGGAG